CCAUUCUACCAUUUUUCUGUAUUUUAGAGAAUUUCCAAAUCCUGGAUAGCAUGCUUGUUUUUAAAUUUCUUUCACGUGCAACAAUAUUUUUUUUAUGAAUAAAUCGAUUUUGAAAAGAAAAAUCUAUAAUCUAUGAAAUGAUCCAUGGCAGAGAUUGAUGAUGUCUUUAACAUGCUCGGCUUCGGUCGGAUGCAGAGAACCAUCUUUGUCGGCUGCCUCAUGAUGCAGAUAUGGUUCACCACCGAGCAGCUGGGAGUCGGUAUCGUCCUCAUGGCCGCCGCCUGUGACCUCGAUAUGGAUGAUUACAAGCUGGCAUGGUUUUCGGCUCUGACCUUCGCGGUUCAAAUUUUAGCUUUCAUAUUUUGGGGUGUUCUAGUGGAUGCCUUGGGCAGGCGAAAAAUUAUCAUGUACACAGGUGUGACCUCCGUCGCCUGUUCUAUCCUAUCUGCCGGAAUGCCUGAGUUUUUGUCAUUUUCUGCAUUACGUAUCGUUUGCUCUGCUUUUAUAGCGGCGCCUGUAAUUUCGUUGAUGACGUACAUGGGGGAGUUUACGAAACAGUCGUUGCGACCAAAGGUCCUGAAUUUCCUAAGCUACGGUGUGGGGAUCAGCUUCAUCCUUGUGCCGAGUGUGGCCUAUUUUCUUUUGCCUCUGAAACUGCCGGGCGCCCAAAACUGGCGGAUCCUGCUGCUUAUCAAUCAGGUGCCCGGAAUCAUAGGACUGACCAUUAUUUCUUUUAUGCCGGAGAGCCCCAAGUACUUUUUGUCUGUGCACCGACAGGAAGAUGCCAUGGAAGUCAUGGAGAGGUGCUGCCGCCUGAACAAGGGAAAGGACACGAACCUGGAAAGUCUGGGGGUCAAGGAGCUUACCCAACCUCGACUGCGUGCCCAGUCGAUCAAGUAAGAAGCUGCUUGGCCAGAAAAUUUUAACACUUUUGCCUUUAAAUUUCUAGGACAGCGACAUUUAAUUUUUGUCCAAACGUAAUGGCCAUGUUUAAAGAGCACACUCGCAUAAUGGUCAUCUCAAUGCUUGCCAAAGCGAUCAUGUCCGGCAUGUAAGUGGAGAAACUCGGUCUUGAUUUGGAUUCAUUUUAAUUCUUAGAGGUUUUGGACUCCAAGUUUGGAUGCUGCGAAUAAGAUUUACCAUGAAAUCUGAUGGCAAUAAUGGCCAGACAGUCUGCCAACACGUCCAGAGUGACGUGAAAUCGGGAAAG